GCCAUUACGCAGCUGUCUGGCAGCGGCCGGGCCGGUCGGGACUGGGCCCUACGCACUUUGCGUAGCGAGGGGGGUUACCGAAGGCCUGGUGCUUGGCCUGGGGCAAGCCCGGCCUAUCCCCUGAAGGGGGGUGGGUGAGGGGAGAGGCUGGGGAAGAAAAGAGGGGGAAUUGGGGCGUUUGAGGGGAUUAUAAUUUCUUUUAAAAAGGGGGGUGGGGAGAGGCCAUGGCCGUCCCAGCCAAGAAAAGGAAGAUGAACUUCUCUGAGCGAGAGGUGGAGAUCAUCGUGGAGGAGCUGGAACUGAAGAAGCACCUGCUGGUGAACCACUUCAAUGCCGGGGUUCCUCUGGCUGCCAAGAGUGCGGCCUGGCACGGCAUCUUGAGAAGGGUCAACGCUGUGGCCACCUGCCGCAGGGAGUUGCCUGAGGUCAAGAAGAAGUGGUCUGACCUCAAGACCGAGGUCCGUCGCAAGGUUGCCCAGGUCCGGGCAGCGGUGGAGGGUGGCGAGGCCCCAGGGCCCACUGAGGAGGAUGGAGCCGGAGGGCCUGGGACAGGUGGUGGCAGUGGCGGCGGUGGCCCAGCUGUAGCCCCCGUCCUGCUCACCCCCAUGCAACAGCGCAUCUGCAACCUGCUGGGCGAGGCCACCAUCAUCAGCUUGCCCAGUACCACAGAGAUUCACCCCGUGGCCCUCGGACCCACAGCCACUGCAGCUGCAGCCACGGUCACCCUGACACAGAUCCCCACGGAGACCACCUAUCACACGCUUGAGGAGGGAGUGGUAGAGUACUGCACGGCGGAGGCCCCCCCGCCCCUGCCAGCCGAGGCCCCCGUGGAGAUGAUGCCCCAGCACGGUGACACCUCGGUCAAACCCCAAGCGCUCAAGAGCCGCAUAGCCCUCAACUCAGCCAAGCUGAUCCAGGAGCAGCGGGUCACCAAUCUGCACGUGAAGGAGAUUGCCCAGCACCUGGAGCAGCAGAAUGACCUGCUACAGAUGAUCCGCCGCUCCCAGGAGGUGCAGGCCUGCGCCCAGGAGCGCCAGGCCCAGGCCAUGGAGGGAACCCAGGCAGCGCUGAGUGUCCUCAUCCAGGUCCUCCGGCCCAUGAUCAAAGAUUUCCGCCGCUACCUGCAGAGCAACACGCCCAACCCCACACCCGCCUCGGAGCCUGGACAGGUGGCCCAGAACGGGCAGCCGGACAGCAUCAUCCAAUGAGGUCAGGGGUUGCGCCAGCCUUGUGCUGUGAUUGGAUGACACCACUGUGGUCUUGUAAGUGGGUUCUGUGACUGGCCUUAGGCUAUGGCUGGCCACGUGGCCGGCUCUCUCUUUGAUCGACUGUUAGGGGUCCACUGUUUCUGAGAAGUGAAGGAGACUGAGAAGAACUUGUUGGGCUCCUGGGACCCGAACUGUCUUACCCCCACCACGUGAGCUGCCUUGCUAACAGCCUGAAGAUUGGUUAGGUGGGGGUUGGGCGCCAGUGAUACUAUGGUGGUGUCACGAGCCAGGGCUUGCGACAUGACCCAGACUCUGUCUAGGACACCUGGAGCGGAGGUUCUCACUGGGAGCCGUCUCACAGCCGGGGGGCCUGUGCUGAAAUGCUCCCUCACCCCGCAGUGCCAUCCUGUUGAAUGAGACAAUGUCCGUGGUGCUGGUGGUGGCACAGUACCUUCUUCCUCCCUUGGGAGGCAGAGUGACUGGGCCUGAGGAGGAAGCUUCACCCUCUUCUCCUUCCCACUGUGCCUCCGUUCUCAGGGGACUCUAGUCCAUCUGUGCUCUCCCCACACCCCACCCCUCUCCGGGCCUAGCAGAGGCCCUUGUUAGACCCCCAGCUGCCUCUGCAGGACACCCAGGAUGCGGCCUGCUGGGCUCAGGGAUGCUGGGUGUGUUGGGGAUAGCCUGGCCACCAUCCGGUCUUCCAUUGCAUCCCGGGGCAGCCCUUUCGUGGUUUGUCCUGACAGCUUUUGACUCAGGGCAAGCAUUAGGCUUUGGGUGCUGUAAAUUUGAGAGAAAACAGACCAGCGUGGAACCUUGUUACUCCACUGCAGUGGGUCUAAGGUGACCAGUUGGCUUCUUCCAGAAGGCUUGCUUCAAGCCAGUUGUCUUUAUUCUGUAUGCCUACCCCUCCUGGGAAGGGGUGGGCAGCUCUGGCCACACUCUUCCUCCUCUCCUGUCUACUGACUGCACGAUUAUGACACUCAGUGUGGGGAGAAAAGAAAAAAACAGUGGGGGGGAAAGGGCAUCACACCCUGGACCCCCUCUCACAUUAUUCAGCACCUCGUGUUCUUGCGAGACCCCCGCUGACUGGCUAGGUGCAUCUGAAGGCCUGAUUGGCCCCAAAGGUUUGAGGUGGGAGAGCUGCAGCUGACCUAAGAAUUGGGACCUUGACUUCUGUUCUCGGAGAAGAGCAGAACUGACCUCGGAACGCCGAAGGAGGUAGUGUUCCCUGUUCCAUCUUGACACUCUCUCCCCUUCUGUAGGGAGUUUACCCAGAUAGCAUUUGUCUGGUUCAUUUUCAGAAUCACCCUCGAUCACUGAGACCCUUGUGUCUUCCCAGAUCAUUCCCCAGGAUUGCCAUUUUGCUGCUGGUGCCUUGGCUACAUGUGACCAGUGGUGACAACUCGAGGCUCCAGAUCUCAGCUAAACAAUCAAGGUGCUGCCCUUCUGGGCAAUGUAUGUUUAGAAUUGCUCGCUCCACUGUUCCCAUCACAGGAAGAUGCCCCCGAAGACGGUUGGGAGGUGACUGCCGUCCCACCGGCCUCUGUGGAGGAGAGGUGCAGCGCCAGCUAGGGACCAAUGGAGAGGAAUCAGGCUGGUGAGGGGGUGGGUGACGGAAGGAAAGCUCCCCAGUGGGGCUGGAAAGCAGCUGCCCCUGGCAGCCAGAGCCCCCUCCUUCCAUGGAGCCUGAUGCCCCUGGCAGGGAAGCUGUGGGGCCUUCCUGAGGCUUUGCCGCUUGGUUUGGCUUUUCUCUGGGGUUGGCAAUCUGAGCCAAUAUUGCAUUUGUUCCAAUUGAGUAUAGAGAGGAGGCCUGGAUCACUUAAACGGACUGUUUCUUUCCAGGUCAUAAUUUUAAA